AUGAUUGUUUCAAUUUUCGGGCUUGCGGCUGAUGUGGGAACUCUGCAACGCUUACCGAAAGUGAUUGGUUCAGAUAGCCUGGUCCGUGAAUUAGCUUAUACGGCGCGCAAAAUGUUCGCUGAUGAAGCAGCUCAGGCUGGCCUAGUGAGCCGAGUGCUGUCCGAUAAAGAAAUUAUGCUAAAAGUAGCUUUGGAGAUAGCCAGUGCUAUUGCGGAUAAAUCACCGGUAGCUGUUCAAGGAAGCAAACAUAACCUAAAUUACGCACGGGAUCAUUCAAUCGAAGAAGGACUAAAUUAUAUGGUGAUAUGGAAUGCUGCUAUGUUGCAAUCAGAAGAUUUACGUGUUGCCGCCAUGGCUUCUAUGGAUCGUAAAGGUCCCCCUCCAUCUUUUUCAAAGCUUUAA